AUGAUCCAAAAAAUGAAUCUAUUUUUUUUGAUUGAAAUUUCUACUUUUGUACUUUUAUCUUUGAUAUGCUAUUUUUACAAAGAUGUGAAUAUCUUUAGCAAAUACUUGGAUGAGAACUACAAACUAGACAGUAAAUUAAAUGGAACUUUUCGAUUGCUGGCAAAAUGUAAACGCGAUAAGAAUUUAUGCAUUGUAGAGUUAAAAAAUGAGACGCCAAAUAAUGAAUUAAACGAAAAAAAAUAUAUAUCUAAUAAUAAAAAAGUGGCCACAGGAACAACAAUGCAAGUAAAUGAAAGUUCACUGAAUAAUGUUGGAAGAAAUAAACAUGCUAAUAAAAAUAAAUGUUAUGUAUUUGAAACAAAAAAAUAUUCUCGUUUAGAAAAAAAAAUAUUCAAAGAACUUGAUUAUGAAGAUUUUCUUAAAAAUAACAGAACAAUUAGUAAUAAGAUUUAUAAAAAAAUUAUGCGUAAAAAACUGGCAUCGCAACUUGCUCCAACUUUAAUAUUUUUCAUAUUGUUAUCGUUGUCAUUUGUAUUAGAUUACUGUGGUAGUUAUGGCCUUGUAUGGGGCUUAGUUGAUAUAUUGAAGAGCUUUUUAAGUAAUUGGACUAAUGUUGUAAACAAAUAUCUUAAGGAUACUUUCUUAAAAUCGUUAUUAGAGUAUAAGUGUCAAUCAACUGGUACUAGUGGUAAGUGUUGUUAUACCAUACCACUUCUUUUCAAUCUAUUUUACGUCAUACCCUUCAUUAUAUAUUGUAUCAUAAUUAUAUCAAGAAUCGUUUAUUACCACAAAAAAGUUAAAAAAUAUGAAAAAAUUAAGUACCGUAAAAGGUAA